AGGGAGAGCGGGAAGCGCGGGUGAAAGGCGUAUUGAUGCAGCGGGCGGCGGGCUCGGAGGUUGGCGGGACCAGACGCUGACCACGUCCCGGCUCCCUCGACCUUCUCCUCCGCCUCCUCCUCCCGGUUCUCCUGCUCCCGCUCCGCGCCCCGCGCCCCGCGCCCGCCGGCCCAGCUCUGCGCUUCCCGGGCGCCGCGCGCCAUGCGCUCCCAGCGCCCCGCCGCCACCUCCCCGGAGCGGCUCCUCGGCCUCCUGCUGCUCCUGCUGCUGCAGCUGCCGGCGCCGUCGAGCGGCUCCGAGCCCCCCAAGGGGAAGCAAAAGGCGCUGCUCCGGCAGAGGGAGGUGGUGGACCUGUAUAAUGGAAUGUGCUUACAAGGGCCUGCAGGGGUGCCUGGUCGAGAUGGGAGCCCUGGGGCCAAUGGCAUUCCUGGCACGCCUGGGAUCCCAGGUCGGGACGGAUUCAAAGGAGAAAAGGGGGAAUGCCUGAGGGAAAGCUUUGAAGAGUCCUGGACACCUAACUACAAGCAGUGUUCAUGGAGUUCACUCAAUUAUGGCAUAGAUCUUGGAAAAAUUGCAGAGUGUACAUUUACAAAGAUGCGUUCCAACAGUGCUCUAAGAGUUUUGUUUAGUGGCUCACUUCGGCUAAAAUGCAGAAGUGCAUGCUGCCAGCGCUGGUAUUUCACCUUCAAUGGAGCUGAAUGUUCAGGACCUCUUCCCAUUGAAGCUAUCAUUUAUUUGGACCAAGGAAGCCCUGAGAUGAAUUCAACAAUUAAUAUUCACCGCACUUCUUCCGUGGAAGGACUUUGUGAAGGAAUUGGUGCGGGAUUAGUGGAUAUUGCUAUUUGGGUUGGUACUUGUUCAGAUUACCCCAAAGGAGAUGCCUCUACUGGAUGGAAUUCAGUGUCUCGCAUCAUUAUUGAAGAACUUCCAAAAUAAAUUCUUGAAGUUUCA